AUGACAGCACCACCAGCCAGGCAGUGGGGGGUCACCCCUCCCAUCUCUACUGCUCUACCUACCCCAGACGAACUUGCCGCCAAUGAUGAUUUGAUUUCCGAGUUGAAGGCGCAGAAUAAUUUCGAGAGUCCUGCGGAGACUGAACGAAGACAACAAGUCCUUCAACUGCUUCAACGCGUCGCCCUCGAGUUCGUCAAAGUCGUCAGCCGCAAGAAGGGUCUCUCCCCUGCAGCCGUGGAGGCAGCCGGAGGGAAGAUCCUCACAUACGGAAGUUAUCGCCUUGGUGUCUAUGGGCCGGGGUCGGAUAUCGAUACGCUGGUCGUCGGACCAAAGCAUGUUGUAAUCGACGAUUUCUUUUCUGAUUUCCCUCCCGUUCUUGAACGACUUGCUCCGCCCGGGGCCAUCGAGAAAAUGACUCCAGUUCCCGACGCCUUCGUCCCAAUUAUUAAAAUGGAGCUCUCGGGAAUCAGUAUCGAUCUGAUCUUUGCGCGCUUGAUCGUACCGUCCGUGCCUAUGAGUCUAGACUUGAAGAACAAUGAUUAUUUGCGGGGCUUGGACGAGAAAGAAGUUCGGUCGCUCAACGGAACUCGUGUCACCGACCAGAUCCUGGAGCUUGUACCUCAGCAGAAAACGUUCCGCCUGGCCUUGCGUGCCAUCAAACUUUGGGCACAGCAGCGAGCGAUUUACGCCAACGUUGUUGGGUUUCCCGGUGGCGUUGCUUGGGCAAUGCUUGUUGCAAGAGUGUGUCAACUAUACCCCCAGGCUACGGGAUCGGUUAUUGUUGGCAAGUUCUUCCGCAUCAUGACCAAGUGGGCUUGGCCUCAGCCUGUUUUACUGAAGCCGAUCGAAGAUGGCCCCCUACAAAUGAAAGUGUGGAAUCCGAAGAUCUACAACGGUGACCGAUUCCAUUUGAUGCCCAUCAUCACGCCGGCAUAUCCCUCCAUGUGCGCCACCCACAACGUUUCCGUGUCAACCAAAACUGUUAUUCUUCGCGAGUUACAGAGAGGUGGUGACAUUGUAGACAAAAUCUUCACAAAGCAACUUAACUGGAAUGAUCUGUUCAAACGACACACGUUCUUCACCCAGGACUACAAGUACUACCUCAGCAUCACGGCUUCUAGCAGGACCAAGGAGGCAGAGUCGGUUUGGUCCGGUCUUGUGGAAUCUAAAAUCCGCCACCUUGUUGGUGCCCUUGACAGGAAAGCGACGAUCGCCGUCGCCCACCCAUUUCCUAAAGGUUUCGAGAGGGUGCACAAAGUCUCUUCUGAGGAAGAAAUCGAGGCCGUUAAGACUGGUUCUACCAAAUAUCAGGAUAGAGAGAUCAAAACGGAGACUACCGAUGAGACCAAGGAUGCAGCCCAUGAAGCCGCUGCGCAAAAUGGUGCUGAAAACAGAGAGGUCCCGGCCACAGAAGAGAAAGCUGCAGAGGACACCCGAGUCAUGUACACGGCCACAUACUAUAUCGGGCUGGAGCUGAAACCACUCGAACCAGGUGCAUCACGAUCAUUGGACAUCUCGUCCGAUGCCCAGCUGUUCAAGUCUCUCUGCACUGCGUGGCCUGGAUAUCAGCCUGAGGUCAUGGAUGUGGCAAUCACCCAUGUUCGCAGUUUCGACUUACCCGACGAUGUAUUCCAACCCGGAGAGAAGAAACCUCUUCGCCCGAAGAAGAAGAUCAUCAAGAGAUCCGACGCAAGCGGCCAGAAGCGGACCAUCGAUUCACUGGACGACGCAUCCCACCCGGCUGCCAAGCGUCAAGUCACCUCCAACGGCGUCUCCAAUGGGGUGGCUAGCGCUGCCUCCACGCCCGCGUGA